UCUAGUUUAAGAGCUGCUUGGAAUGCCUAACCUGGGGUGUUCAGGGGUUAGAGAUGAGUCAAGUCCUCUGCUUCUGCCUUGCGUCUGCCUUGGACCCCGCAUCAGAAAAGCGCCAUCGUUGAUAGGCAGACCAGACCGGUGCAAACUAGGGACUCAAGUUGACGAUGAAUUCGCUGACCGCUGAUUGCAGCCUAGCAGUCUGCCCUUAUGGGAAGACACGUAGCGCCUCAUUCGGUGGCCGAGACUAAGCUAACGGAUUCAAUGAGAUGGAAGAAGAUAUACAAAUAGCAUCGUCAUCUUGUCUGUUAACGAUAGCUUUGGCUUUCAGUUUUCCCAUUCUCAUCUAUUAUACCCCCCCAUUCACCCAAUAGUCCGCUCAGAGACCCUUUAGGUAUUGUAGGUUUAGCCUUUACGACGUCAUCAAUUCUUCCGCCGGCUGCCACAUUAUCUUCACCCAUCUUUGAUCAUGUCUAAGCCAACACUGGAACGCGCCGACUCCAUCGACAGUUUCGAGGAAGUCAACACCAAGAUCAUUAAGGCCUCUGACCCAGAGACCAAUGGCAUCCUCAGGGUCGACGGCAAAGUUCCGCCUGUCCUUCAUGUCCUGAAGUAUCUGAGCUUCAGUGACACUGUUGUCGAGUGCCGUCAGAGUCUCACACCCUUCAAGCACUUCCCUCAGUUCAAAGAUAAGGACUCAAUUGAUGAUGUUCAAAUUGGCGAAUACGGCGAGAGCGAUGACGAUAAACCGGUCCUCGAUAUUACUUACAAGAUUAGCAAGCCCAGCACUGACUAUAGACGGCGAGACCACGGCAACCCCAAUGAGAGGCCAAUCACAGCUGCUUUCGACCUGAAUGAUUACCGGUAUGACGACGGCGACGAUGAAGAUGAAUUCCAGGCUGCCGCUACAUCGGCCCCCAAGCCUGUCAUUACUAUGAACAUACACUCCAAGUACCUCAUUUCUGCUCUUCAGGCCGUCAUCAGCUACUAUCCGCGCGUGAAUCUCCAGGACGCCCCUGUCAGCAUCCCGGCCCCAUAUCGUUUGCUUUACCUCCAUCGGGCUGAGCUAGCCCACUUUCGCGACAACCAGCCCAAGUCGCAUAGCCCAGAGUAUUCUGAAAUUACUGCACGUCACAUCGAUGUCUUGCUCAACUUUCUUGCGGAGAACAUGGGCGAUGCCCUGGUUAAGGAAGAAACCUUACACAAGCUGGACCACCCUUCCGCGACCUUCGAUCUUUUCUGGCUCCUGUUGAAGCCAGGACAGAUCAUCUACGCCAAGCGUUAUGGCCUUUGGACACCGUAUGUUAUCAGCGCUGUCAGAGCCGGCUCAAGCAACAACUUCAAAUCAUACAAGGUCGACUGUUGGUACCUAGAGAGCAACGGUGUCGUCGUUAAACGAUAUGCGGAAACCUUCCGGGUACAGCCCUGGACUGGAGAGCAACCAAUCAGCAGCCUGCCUGUGAUCCCAGAGGCGUUCUGGGUUGAAAACAUGGCUGCUCAAGGGGGUAAGACCAUGAAGGAAAAGUGCAUCGAAGAGGGCCGACUCUACUGGGAGUUGCUCAAGAAACCAACCUACAUGGAAUACGAAGGGCAGCUUGUGAACCCCUCGUCUGGAAAUGGCCAAUGCGUUGGGGUCACAGGACAUUUCAGUGGACGCGUCAUCUGCGAUCCCGUCGGCUUCGACCGUUUCUACACCGCGUCGCCAGAUAUGAACGGUAGCAAUCGACCUAGUCUCAAUACAUCGCGAACGGGCUCACCUGCCCCGCCGCCUUUGGAUCAUCUCCCGCGCAGUCUACCUCGAUGUGGCUGCGAUGCAUGCGAAAAGAGCCGCGACCCUACACAAGGUAAUGAUGGUCCCUACGCUGAGUUCAGAGAGCUAGAUGCCACCAGCGACACCCCUCCAAGCAGUGAAGUGUUUUACCAUGUCCUAAGCAAGGUUAUGCCUGCUUUCGUCCCAAACAACCGCCGUUGGGCAUGUGUAAAUCUCGCCUACCUAAAGCCAAUCAAGCCCAACAGAGAUGCGUUCAAGGAGCUGGUGCUUGACGACGAGAUCAAGAUGACAGUCAAGGCCUUGAUUGGCAGGUUUGCCACCGACGUCGAGGGUCGCCUUCUCCCCUGGAAUACGGGCGUCGUGCAGAAUAAGGGCGAGGGCCGUAUCUUCCUGCUGCACGGUACUCCCGGUGUUGGUAAGACAUCCACAGCCGAGUGCAUUGCCGAAGCCACGAACCGACCUCUUAUUGCCAUCACGAGCGGCGACCUCGGCGUCGAUACGUACCGCGUCGAGGGGUCAUUGCAGUACUUCUUAGAACUUGGACAGCGCUACGGCGCACUACUACUCCUCGACGAGGCCGACGUGUACCUCGAGCGUCGCCGAUCCAAAGACAUCACUCGCAACGGACUUGUGAGCACCUUCUUGCGCGCGCUCGAAUACUACCGCGGUGUAUUAUUCCUCACAACCAAUCGUGUACAAGCCUUUGACAGCGCCUUCUUGAGUCGCAUCCAUGUGGCGCUGCACUACAAGAACCUACGCGACGAGGAUCGCGAGCGCAUUUGGUUGAACACAUUCGAACGUCUGCAUCGCGAGUCGAACGGUACCGUCCGCAUAUCGACGGCAGCUCGGAACGAGCUGCUGGGAAGCACGGACGGUAAUGAUAUGAGCAAUCGGAUCCGCGCGCUCAAGUGGAAUGGUCGUGAGAUACGCAAUGCCAUGCAGAUGAUGCUGGCGAUGGCGGAGUCGGAGGCGCGCGAGGAGGGCAUCAAGGUGGUGACUGUGAGCCAGAAGCAUGUUUCGGCUGUGGUCAACUUGAGCGGCGAUUUCCGAGCCUAUCUCAAGAAGACGACGCCGGUUGAAGGAAUCCUGGAUGUAGAGGUCGAAGGUGAUGACUCCGACUAAGAGGGUAAUAACCAGUUCGUAUGAGGCGGUUAUCCUCAUUUAUGUAAUUUGGUUAUCCUCGUUUAUGUAAAUUCAGCAAGCGAAUAAUAUCCAAAGACUUGGCAAGUACACGCCACAAUGAUCUUCUCGACGUGAAGGUAACAUUGAUGUUGCAUGUUUGGUGAUGUUACCUGUCACUGCAUUAGAACAGGACCCCCUUGGCCUUAUAGAUACCAGUAAUAUCCCAAUCUUGGGGCCUCGUUCGAUCCAUCCAAAGCAUGUAAUCCUCUUCCCCCCAUUGUACUUGUAUCUUAGCAUAUCCCCAAUAAUCCGGAUACCAACCAGCAGAUUCCCAGUCUAUCAACCCGAUUAUCUUGGCGGAUCUGUCUACCAGAUCAGCAUGCGUAAACGUAGACUUAUCCGAGCGUAGAAGAUAACUCCUUAAAUCUUCACCGUGCGAAGUGCAAAUAGCGUUCGUGUAUGCGCCCCCUGGCC